AAAUGAUGUAUGAAGGAGUCAGGACACAUUUUUCCUGUUGUGCUGUAUUGCAAUCACACGAGUGUAGUAGCAACACCUCCGGCGUUUUCUGACUUUUAUUCAUAUACAUCAGCACUAGAGGAUGAGCGCGUCCACAGAGUGUGCAGCAGUAACCUUGUGAGCGCAGCUUCUCGGAACUGUGCGAAUCCAGCUGCAUGCGGCCAAUACAGACAGGAGGAGAGGGAGAGACGGGCUGCUGCCGGCUGGGUGGGAGUGCGUACAUCGCUGCUGCCUCUCUCCCACCCCGUGUGAUUGGCACUCAGUGAACCAUUGUGUUUGCGCUUUAUCUCGCUCCCUCUGAGUCAUAGAGGUCGCUUUGAAUGGCGCACCGAGCUUUAUAACCGCUUAAGAACAUGGAGCACCUAGGCGAACCACACACACACAGUCUCCAGCAUCAGCACCGAGCGUCUACUCCUCACACUUCAGCCCUUCCACGCCGGCUCUUCUUUCCGUACCCUCACGGCCGGGCUUCGUGCUGACAUCCUCCGCGGAGCUCCGCUUGGAUCUAUCUCUUGACUCCAGCCUUCUUUAUUAUGAGAAAAUUGCUGUGCUUGUCUCUCCUCUUCGGCGCUUUCCUGCUUCUGGAGUCCGGGGAAGCCGCGGUCAUCACUGGGGCUUGUGAAAGGGACCAGCAAUGUGGAGGAGGAAUGUGCUGCGCUAUCAGCCUUUGGAUAAGUAGUUUACGAAUUUGUACUCCUCUUGGCAAUGAGGGAGAUGACUGUCACCCAUUAAGUCAUAAAGUUCCAUUUUUUGCCAAAAGAAUGCACCACACUUGUCCAUGUCUGCCGAACUUGGCCUGUAUAAAGUUGGAUGACAGCAGUUAUAAAUGUUUGCCGUACCUAAAAAGCAAUAAUUUUUAUUUGUAGUAGAUUUCAGGCAUAAUGAAAAUAAAAAUGUAUUUUGAAGGAUGACUUUAUGCUGCCAAAAAUUGUAUUGUAAACUUUUUUGAUGUUGAAAGCUAACAAUUCACAUUAUAGAACAGUGUCUCCAUAACUGCAGCUUUCAAGUCUUCCGAAUUCUUGAUUUGUUGCUACCCUGCUUAAAGGUGCAAUCCUACUAUCAAUUGUUGUUUUUCAUAUAUUUCUCUAGCGUACUGUUAAAGUGCACAAAUUCAGUUGUUGUCUUUAUCUUUCGUUUUCCUUUGCAAGCUUCUAGUAAGGAUUUACAACUUGUCAUUCGACUACCAUGGCAACCACAGUCACAUGACAAAUUAUAUAAUGAGCAGAGUGUCUUUAAAAUGCCCCUCAUACUAGAACAAACAUUUUUAAAUAAACCUACAAAAUCUGAUGUUAAACUCAUGUUAAACCAUACAAAACUUACAAAGAAAAAAAAGUUGGAUUGCAGCUUUAAUUAAGGGACAAUUUUGUAAAAGUUAUGCAGAAAGAAAAUCCUCUUGUGUAUGAUUAGGAAAGAAAGAAAGCUUGAGCUGCAUUAGACAGUAUCUUUGCACAAAUGACAUUUAUACAGCUAAAGUAUUUUUUUAUUAUUUUAACAAAACUAAUGGCUAAACCAAAUUACUAUCAAAGUUGUAUAAGUUUUAAGAUUCUGCUUUUUUUUAUUUUACAUCUUACAAUAGAGCACACUAUUUUUCCUCUUUUACUGCUUCUUUAAAUGCUUAAAAAAAAAAACCAACUAGCACAACAAGCAGGCCACAUAGGUUCCUGAGCAAGAAAGGGAUAACUUUCCCUGGUCAGCAAUGGAACAGCUUCUGCCCCAGCACUAGCAACAGUGAUCUAUUCCGAUCCAAACAGCUCUGUGUCGUUUUAUAACACAAGCUCUGAUUGGAUCGAGACAUGGCAUUGUGAUACAAUUACUAAAACAUGUACAUUUGAAAACUUUUGUAAUGCGAACUUGCUGCAAUCCUGGCACAUCAGGGGUGAUGACAUGUCCAGCCCUGUUUGUUAUUCCUCCACACACGAUUGUAAAAGUUGCGUUUUUAGUAAAUCACACCCAGACUAUGGAAAGUAAAGUCGCUGUUCCACAUAAAAGUAACAUGAAGUAAUUUGUUGUGUUACAGUAACUUUAUCUCAGUGAAGUGUUAAUGUAGCUUUAAUGAUUGAUUGCAGAAGAGGAUUGAUUGCAGAAGAGAAAUAAAUUAUUUUACAUAUA